AUGGUUGGAGCCCCAGCAUCCACCUCGGCUGCUGGUGGCCCAGGCUCCGUAGGCGAGCCUCCUGCACCCGCUCAAGUGCACUCGAAUCGACAUGAAAAUGCGACAACGACCCAUAGCCACGAGCUGCCUCCACCUACGGAACAGCUGCGGCACCCUGACGAACGGAGCACCGAAAUUCAAAGUCUGGAUCCAGUCUCCGUGAAGAAUUCUUCGCUGAACAAGAACACGGAUACAGGGGACGGCGCGGACGAAUCUGCCACCGAGAGACAAGCAGCCAUGGACAUGGUGAAUAGGGCCAGCGCGGGCCAACCGGUAUUGUCGGGCCCAGAUCCGUUGGGGCUGGAAAAUAGCGAGACGCGCCAGCAGGAUGGAACAAGGGACGGCGAGACUGGGCAGAACAACUCGAGCCAGCUGCAAGCUCAAGGGCAAGAACAAAAGGUCAUAGCCAAGGCCGUUGGCUCGAACUUAUGGGGUACGUCGACCUAUGACCCUGACGACGAGACUGAUAUGUACUGGGAACACGGGCGCAGAUAUGCUCGGGAUUAUUUCAUGCCCAACGAUGAAGACGAGCAAGAUCGUCUGCGUAUCCUGCACCAGAUUUACCUCAAUAUCUUCAAUCUGGAGCUGACUACGAUACCGCUCGAGGACCCCACGGCGGUCUUGGACGUCGGGACGGGCACAGGCGAGUGGUCGAUGGCCAUGGCGGAGAGGUGGCCUGAGUGCAAAGUGACUGGCAUCGAUUUGUCACCGACCUUUGAGAGGGCAGUGCCCCUGAAUUGCCAUUUCGAGGUUAUGGACGGAGAGGACCCCUGGCCGUGGGAUGAUAACACAUUCGAUAUGGUGCAUUAUCGGCACAUGUCGGGCGCGUUUCGAGACUGGAACUAUGUUUAUGGCGAGGCGCUGCGUUGCCUGAAACCAGGGGGCUGGGUUGAGAUCUUGGAGUUCCACGACCAUGAGGGAGAGAAGAAUUUCUAUGAUCGGUUCCCUCCGCACUCGCUGAUGCACAAGGCCGCCAAGGGAAUCGAGGAGGCCGAGAAGAUCCACGGCAAGCACCGGGGUAUUGAUCACAUGGAGCCGGAGCUACUUGAGAAUAACGGGUUUGUUGACUGCGAGGUUCACGAACACAUCAUCCCGUUAGAUCCGUCCAAUUCGCCGCUGGGAAAGCUGUGGCUCGUCACGCUGCGGGCAGGCUUCGAGAGCUACUCGCUGAGGUUGUUGACCAAGUACCUUGGUUGGGACGCGGCUUCGGUGCGCAUGGCGUGCGAGUCGGUAGGCCAGCAGAUGAUUGCCAUGGCCACAAACCCUUCUCUGAACAAGGGAUUCCAGAUCCGUUUGAGGGUAACGAUCGCGCGGAAACCACUGGAGCCAAAGACUGAGGUCGUUUCCACCACGGAGGAACCACAGCCAGGCCCGUCUCUUGCUGCAUCGUUGUCACCUCCUGCUUCCUCGUUCCCGGUGGUGCCAGGCACAGAAGAUCUUUAUCCUAACGAAGCUGCUUAG